UCCCGGGGGGGGGGUUGGGGCCGCCCCCCACCCGCCUCCUUCUGCCCGAAGCCGCUGCCCUGAGGCUGCUGCCGCUGCCCGCGAUGGAGCCGCUGCCCAAGGGGGGGCUGGGGGGGGCUCUGGCCAAACCCCGGCGCCCCGUCAUCGCCUGCAGCGUCUGCCAGAUCCGCUUCAACUCCCAGAGCCAGGCAGCUGCUCACUACCAGGGCAACCGGCACGCUCGGCGCCUCAAGGGGCUGGAGGCUGCCCGAGCCCGGCGGGGGGGCGACCCCGGGGACCCCCCAGAGCCCCCCCAAAAGCCUGGCCCUGCACCCCCCUCCUCAGGGGAGGCACCUGAGCCAGCAGGCGAGCAGCCCCCUGCCCCAGCAGCUCCAGGGGCCCCUGGCCCCCCUUCCCCCCCUGUGCCCCCCCCUCCAGGGGCUGAAGAGGAGGAGGAGGAGAAGGCCAAGGCCAAGCGCCUGCUCUACUGUGCCCUCUGCAAAGUGGCUGUCAACAGCCUGUCCCAGCUGGAGGCUCACAACAAAGGCACCAAGCACCGUGCUGUGCUGGAGGCUCGCAGUGGGCUGGGUCCCAUCCGCUCCCUGCCGCGGCCGCCCCACGCGCAGCCCCCGCGGCGCCUCUUCCACUGUCGGCUCUGCAACGUGCGCCUGGGCUCCGAGCUGCAGCUCAAGCAGCACAUCUCCAGCAGGAGGCACCGGGAUGGGGUGGCUGGGAAACCCAACCCCCUGCUGAGCCGCCACAAGAAGCCCAGAAGCCCCCCAGAGCUGGCGCCGCUGCCCUUCCCCAAGGAGCUGCCCAAGGCUCUGGCUGGGGGGGGGCUGCUGCCCCCUCCCUUGGCUCUGGCUGCUGCAGCAGCUGCCAUGGCUGCUCCCCCCCUGGCCCUGCGCCCCCCAGGGCCCCCCCUGCUGCCUGGGCCCCCCCUGGCCCCUGCUCUGCUGCGUCCUGCCCCUGGCCCCCUGCGACCCACACACACCCCCCUCCUCUUCUCCCCCUAUUGACACCCCCCCAGAGCAACUGUUGCCUGGCAACAGCCACCAACAGCCACAGCACAACCCAGGGGGCUGUUGCCAUAGUGGACCAGGGAUCAGGGGGUUCCUAGCAACCACCCCCCCCCACCCCAAAAACCCCCUUUCCAGUGGUUACCAGGGGGUGAAAUCUGCCUGGCAACAAGCCCCAGCAGUGGGGACCUGAGAUGGGUUCCCUGGCAGCAUGGAGAUGGGCACCCUGGCAACAGGUCCCUGGGAGAUGGGCACCCUGGCAACAGGUCCCUGGCAACUGUGGCAACCUGGCUGGGCUGUGUGAGCUGGCAGUGGGUGACAGCAUCUGACAAGUGUGGACGUGGCAACUGAGCCUGGCAACGGGUCCUGGCAGCCUCAGCUGGCAAACAACAGCCCAACCCACCCUCCCCAGCAUCCUGCCUGGCUGUGGUACCCAGCAACAGCCCCCAGCAUCCUGCCUGGCAUCCUCACCUGGGAUGGUACCCAGGAUCCUCAUCCAGUGGUGGUGCCCAGCACCAUCCUGCACAGCAACAGCCCCCUGGCAACAGCCCCAGCGUCCUGCCUGGCAUCCUCACCUGGGGAUGGUACCCAGGGCUGGUGCCCAGCAGCAUCCUCAUCCAAUGGUGGUGCCCACCAGCAUCCUGCCUGGCUACAGCCCCCUGGAAACAGCACCCAGCAUCCUGCCUGGCAUCCUCACCUGAUGAUGGUACCCAGGGCUGGUGCCCAGCAGCAUCCUGCCUGGCUACAGCCCCCCUGGCAAACAGCACCCAGCAGCAUCCUCACCUGGCAGCCACCCCCAGGAUCUCUCCUGCCUGGCAUCCUCACCUGGGGAUGGUACACAGGGCUGGUGCCCAGCAGCAUCCUGCACAGCAACAGCACCCAGGGCUGGUACCCAGCAUCCUCACAGCAUCCUGCCCAUCCAUGGUGACAGUACCCAGGGCUGGUACCCAGCACCAUUCUGCCUGGCAACAGCCCCCUGGAAACCACCCCCAGCAUCCUACCUGGCAUCCUCACCUGGUGAUGGUACCCAGGGCUGGUGCCCAGCACCAUCCUGCCUGGCAACAGCCCCCUGGCAACAGCACCCCAGCAGCAUCCUCACCUGGCAACAGGACCUGGCAACCACCCCCAGCAUCUCUUGCCUGGCAUCCUCACCUGGGGAUGGUACCCAGGGCUGGUCCCCAGCAUCAUCCUGCACAGCAACAGCCCCUGGCAACAGCACCCAGGACUGGCACCCAGCAUCCUGCCUGGCAACAGCCCCCUGGCAACAGCACCCAGCACCAUCCUGCACAGCAACAGCCCCUGGCAACAGCACCCAGGGCUGGUCCCCAGCAUCAUCCUGCACAGCAACAGCCCCUGGCAACAGCACCCAGGGCUGGUCCCCAGCAUCCCCACGUGGCAACUGUGUCCCAGCAACUCCCCCUCUCGUUACAUCCCCCCUCCCCUCCCCUCCCCCCCUGCAGCUGCUGUUGGGGGCUCAGCGAUUAUUUUUUUAACUGGA